AUGUUCUCGUACAAGAAGUUCCUUCCUGAAGACAUCUUUAUGCUUGAUACGUGCAACUUAGACAGUUAUUGUGAGAAUUACACUCUAAAGUACUACCUGGGGUACAUGGUACGCAACAGUAGGCCAUUCUACGCAAUUACGUACUCAAAUAGCAGCCAGGAGUACUACAACAACUUGACAAGUGGAUCUGCCGUAUAUGGAUACAUAUUUGGGUUCAAUAUCAGCAAAUGGCUGAAGACUGAGGAAGGAGAGUUCAGGAAGUACGAUGGAUACCAGAUACACGCGUUGAGUACGUCAUUUCUGACCAGAAGACUGGGACUGGGAACCAGAAUGGUGCAGCUCUUUGUGGAUAACAUCGAGAACGAGUUCAUCAAACUAUUUGUGAGGGAGAGCAAUACCAGGGCAGUUGAGUUCUACAGAAAGAACAACUUCACCGUAAGAAGGAAAGUGGUGAAUUACUACAUGAAACCAGAGGAGAAUGCGAUUGAAAUGGUUCGAAGCAGCCAUAGAAUUGCGGCAGAGAAGAAUGUGUCAUAUGCUGACGUAUCAGAUGAUGAAUAG